UAUUAAUCAUGGAGCUGCUUCUGGCACUGCAUGUGCAUCAAUGGCUUCGGCCCACUACAUAUUAUUCUACACUCCUCCCUUAGCUUCUCUUCAAAUUACAAGUAUUCUUUAUUAACCUUUACAAAUCCCCUCUCUCUUGUAUUGUAUAUAUAUGUAUGUAUAUAUAUACACACACAAAAGAACAUAUUGUACAUAUCGUUUCCUAAGAGCCCCAUGUAAAAAUAACAAAAAAGAAAAAGAAAAAAGAAGGUAGCUAGAUAGACCAAACUUGAUCAAUUAUCCCUAGUACUUGAAAUAUGCAACCAAAGAUGAGCAAUAGAUCAGCCAUAGCACCUUGUAGCCGAUCAUGGUCCGUAAGUGAGGAUUCUCUAAGAAGGUAUGUGCACUUCGCGAGUGAAAGUUGCAUUCAAGAACUGCUUUCAGCUUCAGACUCCAAUGGCAAUGGCGGAACUAGUGUUAGUAGUGAUGGAUGGAAGGUUCUUAAUCUCGAAAAUGGAGUCGAGAUAUCGAAGCGCCGCUCCGGUUCGCUCCACACUUUCCGCAGCCGCUGGCUGCUUAAAUCCCUCUCGCCUCAGCAAUUCAUCACUGUUGCCAACGCCAUUGAUGCUGCAAAGCAAUGGGAUUCUGAUCUGGUAGAAGCCAAGUACAUAAAAGACCUUGAAGAGAAUCUGAGCAUUAUUCGUCUGAGGUUUGGAGAUAAUGCUAAGCCACUGUUUAGGAAUAGAGAAUUCAUUGUCUACGAGCGACGUGAAACCAUGGAAGAUGGCACCUUGGUGGUGGCAGUUGCUUCACUGCCAAAGGAGAUAGCAGCAGGAUUGGAACCAAAGCAAAACAAUGCAAUAAGAGGACUGCUUUUGCAAUCAGGCUGGGUUGUGGAGCAACUUGAAGGUGAUGACUCAUGUAUGGUCACCUAUGUUGUUCAGCUUGAUCCUGCUGGAUGGCUUCCCAAGUGCUUUGUGAAUCGACUCAACAACAAACUGGUUAUGAUAAUUGAGAAUCUCAGGAAACUAGCACAAGGUUGCCCAAUAAACAAGGAUACAUAAUUCAACUUAUCUAUAAUUGUUUGAAUAAUUAAUAUCACAAAAGUUAGAAGACGAUAUUGCAUUAAUGAUAUCGUCAAUAUUAUAUUAUUUCAAAUUGAUUAUACCUUUUUUUUAUUUUUUAUUUUGCUAGUAGAGUUAAAUGAGGCAUCAGGCUUAUUAAUCAGGCUUUGAACCGUCCUUGUUGUAGGGCUGAUGUUACUAAUUGUAAAUUGCCCAAUAUUUUUAUAAUUAAGUACUACUUUUCAAU